CGCCCAGUUGAAACCGCGCGAAUAGUUUGUCAACAGGACUUCUAUUGAGAAUUCAGCCAAUGCAGUGGUAGGGUGGGCCAGCCAGAUCAAGGAUGCUGACACUACUAACUAAAACAGAGCUCCACGCUUGACAGGCCAUCAUUUAUGCGUGUUUUAAAUUUGUUAACAAUGUGUGACGUGUUGUGAAUUGGAUCCGUUUGGAGUAUUUUUGGAGUGUUAGCGAUCGACCACACGCCUACCUGUGAGUUCACCUGGCCAUAUUCGUUAAGGAUGUUUAUAGGAGGGAGAUAAGAUUCCGUACACACAGAGCCACUCUGUUGCGGAUAUGCGUUAACAGUGGUGGUUGAUCGGGAGACUUGUGUCAUUAUUCAGCAGUUUCUUGGAUAUGUUCUACAUGGAUGUUCUUUAUACAUUUUAAUUUAAUGUUCAAUGUUUAAGCUGCACUGGAAUUCAUUGUGGAAGUUUUGGUGAUCGGUCUACAUGAUGAUUCGAGAUGUUUGGAUGCAUGAAGAAAAAGCGUCCCGCAAAUCGGACCGUGUUUGUAGGGAACCGGCCCCCAUCAACAGAGGAUGUGUUUGUUCCGGAAAAAUACAUCGACAAUCGAGUCAUCUCCUCGAAGUACACAUUAUGGAACUUUCUACCCAAGAACCUGUUCGAGCAGUUCCGACGUGUGGCCAACUUCUACUUCCUGUGUGUCGGUAUCAUUCAGCUGCUGAUAGACACCCCGGUGACGUCCAUCACAAGCAUACUCCCCCUGGUUUUUGUCAUCUCGGUCACUGCCAUUAAACAGGGCUAUGAAGACUGGCUGCGUCACAAGGCUGACCAAGAGGUCAACAACACGGCUGCCAAGGUCCUGCGAGGGUCAGAGACAGAGGAGAUUAAAUCUAUGCAUAUCAAGGUUGGGGACAUUGUGAAAGUGGAAGCCAAUGAAGACUUCCCAUGUGACCUGGUGAUGCUCUCCUCCAGCGACCCACAGGGCACCUGCUACAUUACUACUGCGAACCUGGACGGAGAGACCAACUUGAAAACUCACAUGUGCGUGCAGGACACCCGGAAAUACCAGAAGGAGCAGGAUCUCCAUGACCUGGAAGCCAGCAUCGAGUGUCAGCAACCCAUCCCGGACUUGUACAGGUUUAUUGGCAGGAUCAACAUAUUCAAGGCCACUGGAGGGGGCCAUGUCAAACCUUUAGGACCUGAAAAUGUUCUCCUACGUGGUGCAAGGUUGAAAAAUACUCCCUAUAUCUAUGGUUGUGCAAUAUAUACAGGCCAGGAGACUAAGAUGGCCCUCAAUUCCAAGUUCAAACAAGCCAAAUUCUCCAGAGUAGAAAGGGCGAUGAACACGUUUCUGAUAGUGUUCCUACUUGUUCUGUUGUUUGAGUGUAUACUGUUGACUGGCCUCAAGUAUUGGUACACAGCCACGUACCCCCUGGCCUGGUACAUCCCCCCAAGGAAGGAUGACCCCACUGCAAUGCAUGUGAUAGAAGAUUUCCUUGCUUUCAUGGUGCUGUUAAACUACAUUGUACCUAUAUCACUCUAUGUCACUAUUGAAGUCCAGAAGUUUGUUGGGUCCAUGUAUUUUGGCUGGGACAUGUUGAUGUAUGACGAAGCUACGAAUGAGCCAGCAAAAGCUAACACCUCUGAUCUUAACGAAGAAUUAGGCCAGGUGGAGUUCUUGUUCACAGACAAGACAGGGACUCUCACGGAGAACUACAUGCAGUUUCGGCAAUGUUCUAUUAAUGGUGUCCAGUAUGAAGAGGUCGGAGGUCAGCUUUAUCACCGGAGUCAAGACGGACAACCUCAAGUCAUCCAUAGUCUUUCAGGAGAGGUGGAGGAGUUCUUCAUGGUGCUGGCUUUAUGUCACACAGUACGAGUUGACCGCAAGGCGGGGUCCGGGGUAGACGUGGAGGGCGGGGCUGCUUCCAGCAUGUAUAGCGACACCGGGGAUGAAUACCUGUAUCAGGCAUCAUCUCCUGAUGAGAAGGCUUUUGUAGAAGCCUGCAGCAGACACGGUAUUAUCUACCAUGGUAUCCAUGACGACUGCAUGGAAAUCACGUUAAAUAAGGAAAUGAGGCGUUACAGGGUUUUACAAGUUUUAGAUUUUGAUCCAACCCGCAAAAGAAUGAGUGUGAUCCUCCAGAGUGAACAAGAUAAAAUAGUAUUACUGUGCAAGGGAGCGGAGUCCGCCAUAUUGGAUCGGGUGAAGAUCGGGGAGAAAGACAUUGCACAGAAGCAUGUGAAUGAAUAUGCUGUGCUUGGUUUGAGAACCCUUGCAGUUGUUAAACGAGAUCUUUCUGAGGAGGAAUACAAAGUCUUUGAAGAAAAACUCCAUGAAGCUAGGACAGCUCUUCAAAACAGAGAAGAGAAACUGGACAGAGUGUUCGACCUGAUUGAGCAGGACUUCCAACUGCUGGGCGCUACAGCUGUGGAGGACAAGCUGCAGGAGGACGUCCCCCGGACCAUCCAGUCUCUCCGUAGGGCAGGCAUUAAGGUGUGGGUGUUGACGGGGGACAAGCAGGAAACAGCAGUCAACAUCAGCCACUCCGCAGGUCACUUCCAGGCUCAGAUGAAUGAGUUGGAGCUGACCAAGAUGACGAAGAGUGAGGACUGCAGACUGAAGAUACAACACUACAGGAGACAGAUUGAAAGUGUCCCGGACCAGCAGUACGUGCUGAUCAUCGACGGCCAGAGUCUGUCUGUGAUGAUUACGGAGCUGGAGGGGAUCCUGAUGGAGCUGUGUCUACACUGUGUAGCCGUACUCUGCUGUAGGAUGUCGCCCAUACAGAAGGCACAGGUCGUGCGGAUGAUCAAGAUGUCUCCCACUAAACCUGUGACGGCUGCCAUCGGUGACGGAGCAAACGAUGUCAGCAUGAUUCAAGAAGCUGAUGUCGGCAUUGGAAUUAUGGGAAAGGAAGGGAGACAAGCAGUGCGGAGUUCUGACUAUGCCUUCGCCAAGUUCAAGUUCCUGAUGCGAGCCUUCCUCAUCCAUGGGCACUACUUCUACGUUCGUAUCGCCACCCUUGUACAGUAUUUCUUUUAUAAAAAUAUAGCCUUCAUCACGUGCCAGCUGUAUUACACAUUCUUCUCAGCCUUCUCAGAACAGCCGGUGUACGAAGCCUUGUACCUUCUGUUGUAUAACAUCACAUUCACAUCUUUACCUAUUCUCAUCUACGGACUCUUCGAGAAGCACCUCUCUCAGGACACAUUGCUCAAUAGGCCAGAACUGUACAGAAGGAUUACCAGAAACAGAAAGUUAUCUUGGAGACGCUUUCUGUUGUGGAAUAGUUUAGGACUCUGGCAGAGUGUUGUAAUAUUCUUCGGGACCUACCUUCUGUUCAACAACGAUGUAUCGCUGUGGCCUUCAGGAAAGAGUAUGGGGAUAUGGAGUUACGGGUCGGUCAUGGUGCUGUGCUGUGUGUUUAUUGUCAAUAUCAAGUUGGCCCUUGAGACGUACUGCUGGUCAGUUCCCAUCAUGCUGUCUUUUGGAAUCACUUUCGCUGGAUUCUUCCUCGUAGUCAUCGUGUACAACUUUGUGUUUUGGCCAUCAUGGGCCAUGGACCACCCAUAUCUCCUACAGGUGUUCACGACGCUGUUAGCGUGUGGCACGGCAUGGUUGGCCAUCCUGCUGUUGUGUGUGACAGCCCUCCUGCCCGACAUCUGCCUAAGGGUGUGGCACGACACAUUCAAGGUGCAGCCCGCCGAGAUGGAGGCAUCACAAAUGAAACUGAGAAAGGUAAAGCCAGUCUGCCAAUCAAAUGGUGUGGUGACCUCUAACUCCAAGGUCACAAAACUCCUCAAAUCCUCGCACAAGGAAGUGAUGGAACUACAGUCUCUCGACCAUCUGGAUUCCGUCAACGUGUGACAUGAACAUUGAAUCCAGGCGUGUUAAAUGAGUUUCCCUCUUGUAAGAUUGGUUAAAGAUGUUCCUUAAUAUCACAGACCAUGAUGCCAAAAUGUUCGAGUUAGUUGGCAGAGUGUUUCGGCAGCAACUUUCAAGGGGCAUUAAGUGGUUGUCAUAUUGGAGUGGCAUUUCAGCUGUUAUUUUUCAUUAAUGAUGCCCAUUGACUAGCACAUGUCUGACAGAAAACAAACUUCAUCGAUGGAACCAUAACUGCCUCUAAAUGAGACAUUUUCAAGAUCUUGAAGUGAAUGAGCACACUACAAGUUGUCCUACAUAUCAUAUUUAUAGUAUGUUGAGCAGCAAACAGACAUACUGCAUGUACAUAAGAAUCAGUCCAUUGUUUAUUUAUACAAUUCUUCAUCAUUCAUGUAACAUAUCAUUAUCACCUCUCUCAAAGUGCCUAAAACUGUUGUCGUAGCAACAUAAUGACCAGCUCACUGUGGUGACGAUCUAAAGUGGCUGUACAAUGUAUAGAGACCUCGAUCCCAAAGAAUAAAGGUGGGCCUCUUCAGCCUGUCUAAGUAACUCCAAUCAACGCAACUCUUGGUGAAACAUUGAUACUUGACCAAGCUUAGAAGGAUGUUCUGCUGGAGGAGGAUAGACAGGCCUGGUUUCAAUUAUUGUGAUGUUGAAAUUCACUUGCAAUUAUCAGGUAGCUAGACUUCAAGAUGCAGUUUUGAUAUGUUGUUAUUCUUCAAUAUUCACUGCCAAUGGGAAAAGGUCUUUAACCAUUCUGGCCAUCAGGAUAUAAAUAUUUUUAACUUCCCAAUAUAUAUGAUCAUCGAUUGGGACCACUCUGCCCAUUUCUGAAUA